AUGAGAUCUGCUGCUAAUUCCACGAGUGGACGUGAUGCUUUAAAACCAAGAAAAAAUGUUGAUGUUGUUAAAAGAAGUUCACAACAAGAGUUAACUGCUACUAUUCCUGUGAGUGAUUCAUGGGAAGGUAAAAUUGAUAUUACUGGUGUUACUGGAAUGGGUAAUGAUGUACAUACUAUUGGUUCAUUAGGUUUAUUAAGUAAAAGUCUUGUAUUUAGAGAAUUAUGUGAUUGUUUUGAUCAAUUUAAAAUUAUGGAUGUACAUAUUUGUGGUGAUGUUACUAAAGGUGUAAGUGCUAAUGUUACAUUUGAUACUGUUUGGAAUACAAAUUAUGCUUAUAGAGUAAGCACUGAUGAUGGUGUUAAUUAUAUUUCUUAUAAUUAUAAUGAUUUUAUUAAAUUGAUUACUACUGGUGAUUUGACUGAAGCUGAUCAAUCAAAUAACUUACUUACUUAUUUAAAUACGAAUUAUUCAUACGGUAAAGCUAUUACUAGACCGACUGAAGAUAAAGUGAGUAUUCUUACACAGGAAAUAACAUUUCCUUGUAUUUAUGGAAUGGCUGCUAGACGUACAAUUCCCAAUGGAUUUUAUCAAAAUGUAAUUGGAAGUAAUACUUAUUAUAGUGAACCAUCUUAUGAUGAAUUUGCUUCUUAUUCCUCUUAUAUUUAUCAAUCUAAAAUGCCAGGUGCACCAAUGCAUUUAUCAUUAGAUAUUCAAGGUGUUAGUAGUAGUGAGAAGAUGAUGACGAUUCCAACAAUUAUGAGCGGUAAAUUAUAUGAAUUUAAACCAGAAUUACAAAAUGGUAGAUUUAUUCCCUGUGUAUUAUAUGGUGCAAAAGCUCAAUUGCCUGGUAUGAAUGGCGAUGAAAAUAAUCGUAUAUUGAGUGUUGUUCAGUAUUUUGAUGAAAGUCAGUCUGAAUGGAAUACUACUUCAAGUGUUAAACAAACUAAUACUGUUGUUAUCGAGAAAGGUGCCGAACCAACUGAACAAGUUCCUAAUGAAUUGUAUGCUAUAUUGAAAGCUGGUGUUAGAAUUGAAAUAACUGAAAUUAGAGGUACUAGACUUGAUUUUAUUAAUAAUGAUCAAUGGACUGCAUAUUUGAAUCAGGUUAGUAAUAAUGCCAGUUUAACAAUUAAUGAUAGUUAUAUUCUUAAAGUUAUGGGAUAUAUUACUGUAAGAUUUAAGCAAUUGAGAACAACUAAGAAUGAAAUUGUUGAAUCGUUUUCUUUCUUACAUUGGUAUAUUUCUGACGGUUCAACUGUAUUAAAUGAAAUGAUUCCUCUUACUGGAAAUGGACAUUAUGAAAAUGAUUAUAUGUAUUUUGAUAUUUACAUAAGAGGGCCUAAGAGUACAUGGACCGUUGAAAUUGGAACUGCUGAAUAUAGUACUAAUAAGUAUGUAUAUGCUGUUGCUAUGGGUAGUGUUAGUAAUGCUCUUCGAGUUUAUUCAUAUGCUGUUGGUAGUGAUUCUGAUAAGUUUACUGCUAAUAAUUUUGUUAAUAGAAUUAUUGGUGAAAAUAAUGCUAAUAAUUAUUCUAUUGUGGUUGGUGUCAAUUACAAGACGGAUAUUAUUAGCUCAAGUGGUAAGUUUUUGUUUAAUACUGGCGGACUUAAUAUUGGAAGAUCCACUUCUGAUGAUUAUUCUGGUGCUAUGUUUAUUAAUACUGGUUCUUCAUUAGCUAGUUAUUCUAGUAAAGUUGAUUCAUUAUCUGGUAAGACUGUGCCUUUGUUAUAUGUGAACUAA